GAUGCAAGACUGGCUAACCCCCCCUUCCACCCUGUUCUAAUUUCAAUGUUUCCCCAUCUUCCAUGCCGACCACUCUCUGGACUUCCCUUCCUGUCUGUCUGUCUGUACAUCCACCCCCGCUCUCAGAGAUGAAAGAGAAGAACCCCUGGCACACGCCUGUGACCAUCAUCAUCACUGUGAUUGGUGUCAUAGCGAUUGUUGCCUUGGUGACAGUUGCAGUUUUGCAGAACAGACCCGUCCUCCAAAAGUAUAAGUAUGGCAUCGUGCUGGAUGCCGGUUCUUCUCACACAGCUCUCUACAUCUACGAAUGGCCAGCAGAGAAAGAUAACAACACUGGAAGAGUUGAACAGAAAUAUUCCUGCAAAGUAAAAGGUAAGGGUAUUUCAAGCUAUGCAGAUGCUCCAGUGAAGGCAGGAGAGUCACUGAACGAAUGCAUGCAAGAGGCUGAGAAGCAGGUCCCCAGAAAGAGACACCAUGAGACUCCUCUCUAUCUGGGAGCUACUGCUGGAAUGCGACUGCUUAAUAUAGAGAACAGUGUGGCGUCAGACAAGGUAUUCCAGGCUGUGGAGAAAGCCUUGCUGAGGUUCCCCUUUUCCUAUCAGGGAGCGAGAAUACUCAGUGGACAGGAGGAAGGCGCCUUUGGCUGGGUCACAGUCAACUACCUGGAUGAUCGCCUCAAGCAGGUCUGAAGAUUUUGUGUCUGGGUGUUGCUACUGCACAGUGACUUCAGUGCCCUUUUGUUUUUGCUGCAGGGUCUAGAAACAACAGGCGCUCUUGACCUUGGUGGGGCCUCAACUCAAAUUAGCUUUGUAUCGGACAAUUACGACAUUUCAGAGUCAUCCAGCAACUCUGUGACCUUCAGACUCUACGGAAACGACUACAACCUGUACACUCAUAGCUUCCUGUGCUAUGGGAAAGACCAAGUGCUAAGAAUGGCAUUAGCACACCAAACCAAAUACACUACUGCAACCUUCAAUCACACAGGGGCAGGAAACUUCAAACAAUGCCAGGAAGUUGUCAAAAAUGUCUUCAACUUUACUUUCUGCGAGUACAGCCGAUGCUCUUUCAAUGGAGUCUUCCAGCCACCUUUGCAAGGAUCAUUUGGGGCAUUUUCUGCUUACUACUUUGUGAUGAACUUCCUCAAUCUGACUGAUGCAUCCAUGUCAUUAGAAACUGUGAAGGAAAAGCUAGCGAGUUACUGCGCUACGCCUUGGAAUCAGAUAGUGCAGCAGCAUCCGGAGAUCAAAGUAAAAUAUCUGGCUGAGUAUUGCUUCUCUGGCACGUACAUCGUCACUCUGCUGACAGAAGGAUACAACUUCACCUCUGAGACCUACUCAAACAUAAACUUCAUCAAGAAGAUAAAAGGCAGCGAUGCGGGCUGGACACUGGGCUACAUGUUGAAUCUGACCAACAUGAUUCCAGCAGAGGCUCCGGACUCGCCUCCUCUGCCACACGCCGGCUACGUCUCUAUAGUCACCGUCAGUGCAUUGCUGCUCUUCGUCCUCUUCAUCCUCAGCCUCAGAUGUUUCUGUCUCAAUUUCAAAAAGCAACCACACAUUGUAUAAAAGCACAGAUGUAUGUG